AAGAAAUCACAAUAUUUACAAAUAAUUUACACAUUUAGAAACAAAAUCACAAAACAAAAACGGAGACUUAACUGUCGGGCAUGCAUUGGAACAUUGACUAGGUUUCACUUUGUUUAUGAAUCUAAUAAAUCAAGUUUUGCCGACAUUAUAGUCAUCAUAAGUCAGCCCCGACUUGUGAUGUUGAAUUGUAGAGCAACACAAUCAACUGAGAAGUUGACCCGUAAAACUAUUAAGUGCCCAGCCUAAAAAUAAAACAGUUCAAUCAAAAGCCUCUAAAUUGUAAAAAUAACUCUGGCUUCACGUGACCGCGCAACGCAUCGAAAGUCCCAACCAUUAAACGAGGUCAAUGAGACAAUGACCCCAGCUCAUGCCCCAGUUUUUCUUGCGCAAUAUUACAACAAAUUUGGCGAGGCCGGGUGAAAUACAUAGUCUGUACUUUCAGUCACUGAUAAUGCGUAACCGUCCCAAACUCCAUAGACUCCAAAUCACAUUUUAAUUUUUAAAGUUACUUACAAAUUAUGUACAACUUUGCAAGAUAACUACGAAAAGCGUGAUUAUGGUAUUUAUUGAAGAAUCAUAUUCAAGAAUGAAUCAAUAAACCCAGGCAAAAUGUUGAGUUUCAAUAAAGUUUUGAAGUUUAUGUUUGUGUUUGUCUAUGAUUUAUACUUAACUUGAGUUACGUUCAUAUUUUGUAAACAGCUACGUUACUGGUGUGUUAAUCUGUCAUGUGGAAUUAUCUAGUGACUAGAAAUAACCCGGAUCAGUAAUUUUAUUGAAAUUGGGAUCUAGGGGAAGCCUUUCUUAUUUUCAUCAUUGAUCAAUUUCUAAGUCCUAAUUACUAAAUAAAGGGUGCAUGGACGGAUAAUACACCGCCGAACUGUUUUUAAUUCAUUAACUUGUCGACAGACAAGUCGCAGACGACAGUAUCUCUUCAUAGUUUAUUUGAGUGCCGUUGUUCUUGUGUUUUCACUGGCGGCCUUUUUUUAGAAGUUCGUCGGAAAAUAAACUUAGAGAAGAAUACGUUUCCGAUUAGAAUCUAUAAAUCAGCCGAGUGUCGAUUUUUGUUUAAAAAACUGCCGAUGAUUAUUUUGGCGGUUGUUUUUUUUCGGACGUCAUUUCGUAAUUUUCGUUCAAGAGUAUAUAUCAAUUUUAAUGUAUUAAACAAAAUGAUUAAUGAUGUAACUGUUAACUGAAGUUAGGAGUUUGAGAUAACCCAGGGUAUUUCGCCAGCUGAUUUUGGAAGGGGGUAAUCCUUUUUUGUUUAAUAAUAUUGUAAGUCAAGUUUACUCCUGAAACAAUUCUUUCAUUUAAUUCCGAUUGUCAAUAAAGAAUCUAACAUUCAGCCGAGUGUCGAUUUUUGUUUAAAAAAACUGCCGAUUGUUUUGGCGGUUGUUUGUUUUGGACGUCAUUUCGUCCAAGCGUACAUAUUAAUUUAUUAAACAUAAUGAUUAAUGAUGUAGCUUUUAACUGAAAUUAGGAGUUUGAGAUAACCCAGGAAAUUUCGCCAGCUGAUUUUGGAAGAGGGUAAUCCUUUUUUGUUUAAUAAUAUUGUUAGUCAAGUUUACUCCUGAAACAAUUCUUUCAUUUAAUUCCGAUUGUCAAUAAAGAAUCUAACAUUCAGCCGAGUGUCGAGUUUUGUUUUAAAAAAUGCCGAUGAUUGUUUUGGCAUUUUUUUUUUGGACGUCAUAUCGUCCAAGCGUAUAUAUUAAUUUAUUAAACAUAUUGAUUAAUGAUGUAGCUUUUAACUGGAAUUAGGAGUUUGAGAUAACCCAGAAAAUUUCGCCGGCUGAUUUUCGAAGGGGGUAAUCCUUUUUUGUAAAAUAAAUAUUGUUUAUAAGUCAAGUUUACUCCUGAAACUACCUAUCACUAUCAUCCUUUCGUUUGCGUUCGUCCACGACGGUUAUAAUUAUAUCUUUCUCGCCUUCGAAUUCGAAUAUUACGUCAAGAUGCCAAGCAAAGUUUGGCGCGUGUUUACGAAAGUUUCGUCGACUACCGUGAAAUGCACUAUUUGCGAUCGUGUGCUGGGCUAUAAGGGAGGGUCGACCGGAGCUAUGUUAAAUCACAUGAAGACUCAUCCCAACUCCAUUGAAGAUGACAGACAGCCGAGACUUUCAUCAUUCAACCGACAAUGUAACCCGGAUAGAGCACAGCGAAUUUCUAAUCUCAUCGCCGAUAUGAUCGCAAAGGAUGGACUGCCCAUCAACUUUGUUGAGGGCGAGGGGUUUCGAGCACUCAUGCACGACGUCGAACCAGACUUCACAAUCCCUAGCCGACAAACUGUGAUGAGAAUUCUUGAACUAAAGUUUCUAGAGCAGAAGACUAAAAUUAAGCACUGGAUGAGCGGAUGUGAACACAUCGCAAUAACGACCGACUGCUGGACAAGCUUGGGCCAGGAAGGAUUUAUGACCGUGACCGCACACGGCAUCGAUAAGGAAUGGAUCAAGAGAAGUUUCGUUCUCAACACCAGCCCUGUGGCGAGCCUCGACGACAACGAUGAGGACAACGAUCCCCCACUCCCACAGCGGCAUACUUCCCAAGCGCUAAAGUCGCAACUCAGAGAAGUUGCUCAAACCUGGGAGAUAAACAAUAAAGUGUGUGGGGUUGUGCACGACAACGCAGCCAACGUCAGGGUGAUUGGCGAGGCCGUGGGAGCACCGGACGUUCCUUGCACAGCUCAUACCCUCCAACUCUGUGUGAAUGCUGGCUUGAACUCGAACGGCCAGUUACAAAGAGUCAUUGGAGCCGUGAGUCGCUUGGUAGGGCACUUCAAACACUCUGUGGUGGCAUCACAAGCUCUAACUGCCAAGCAAGACCAGCAUAACUUGCCAAAACAUCGCCUAAUCCAAUCUGUCAAAACGAGAUGGAAUUCGGUGUACGAUAUGUUUGCUCGAGUUACGGAACAGCGCUGGGCCAUCACAAGCGUUCUGAGCGAUGAACGUUUGACGCUUCAUCGUGAUGCGACAACCCUGCAACUCAAGGACGAGCACUGGUCUAUCGUCGACAACAUGGGGAAAACACUGGAACCUUUUUUGGUAGCAACAAAGGUACUUUCCAGCGAAGAACAUCCAACGGCAUCAACAGUCCUUCCAAUGAUCACGGGACUACUUGACAACUUCCUCAUCGUGGAGGAAACCGAUAGCGGAAUAGUCCGACAGUUCAAGGAAACAACAUCAGAGCAAUUGAAGAGAAGGUUCCAUAUCAAAUCCGCUCGAGAGCGAGACGAGGAUGUCGAGAUAGAAGAUGUAUCGGCUUUGCAUCUUGCUUCAGCAUUGGAUCCCCGCUACUCAAACCUCACUUAUCUACCACGCGCCAUGAGAAACGUCGUAAAGAACAAGCUGAAUGAGCUUAUCCCAGAAAGAGAUGACGAAGAACAGAACGCUGAUGUCGAGCAACCAUCAACGUCGCUUGAUUUCCUUAUUACGGGAAGGAGGUUUACAGCUCCGCAACAACAGCGUGACAGUGUGGAAGAAAUUCAUACAUUCUUUGAUCUGCCCGUGGUCCCCUCUACUGCUGACGCAGUUGCGUGGUGGAAAGCGAACGAAGCGUCAUUUCCUCUCCUCGGCAAUGUCGCAAAGAGGUUUCUAACAAUACCGGCAACAUCUGUCCCAUCCGAGAGGGUGUUCUCCACUGCGGGCAAUAUAGUCACCAAGAAACGGAGCUGCCUUUUGGCCGAGAAUGUGAAUAUGCUGAUAUUUCUCAAACAUAACGCAAAGUCUAUCCCUCUGAUCUGAGAAAGGACUUAAAUUGAUGAUGUUAUUUCAUAAACUACAUGCUCUUUAUUACUCUUGUAGUAUACUUCUCAACGAUAAAGAUGACAUCACUUUGUUAUUGUUAAUUUGUUACAGACUUAUUCCUCACUUACCCUUUUAUCCCCGUUCGUACGAUAUGAUUCUAGUUUCUGUUAUAAAUAAUUAAAAUAUGUUAUUUUAUGACUUAUCUUUCAAAGUCUGAAUAUACGCUAUUCAUCUAAAAUGUUUGAAAUUUGUUGAGUUUUUUCAUGGUGAUGUCAUUUUUAGGCAAUGAGAUAUCACCGAAUGAACAAGUUAAAUUUUUGAAGUACAAACUAAAAUCGAUUAUUAUCAAAAUAAACUAUUAGAAUCAAGGUCACAAGUUUUCACAACGCUAGUUUAUUAAGCCAACACAAACUUAACUGCUGAGCGCAGAUCUCUAAAUGUUCUUUCGUAAUAAUUAUUAUGCUCGGUAUUUGUUAUAUUUCAUUUUCUUGCCACAUUUGCAAAAAGGGGGUAGACAACUAGGCAUGUUAUAAUUUAUAAUCCUUGCCUAACACGUAGUAUUGGGAUAAUUGUAUCAAAACAUAAUGCGCCUGUAAAUAGCCUGUACUGUUGUGUGUCGAACUGUCGAUUUGUUUUAUUUCUUUGUCAAAGAUAAAUAGCCCAAACUCUGAAGUUUGGCAUUUUAAUCUUUGAAAUGUGCGUGCUUGACUAGUCUUGUCUCCCUGUCAGUAUAUUUCUUGUUACCGUAAUUCAAUGAAUAGGAGACGAUUGCCAUAUUUAAAAUUGUUAACUUUAGAGAGUUAGACACAAGGCUUAUGAAAAUGAUGAUCCAUGUACUGACCUCCGAAGUCCGAAUUUCAAAGUCAAAAAAAGUUAUAGCAUCAGCGAGGGGUCGGGGUAUGGUAAAUGUGUUUUCUUCGAAUCACAUGUCAACAUCUCGCUGUUUUAUAUUUGGAAGGAAAACAUAGGAACUUAGGAAGCACGUGAAUGCCCAACUCAUUUACAUAUGCCUUGUGUCAGCUGCUGAAGUUGAAUUAACAAGCAGUGAUAUGAUUGGCUAGUCGAUGUAUGGAUAAUGUCCGCGCACACAAUGCAUGGAGUUUUGCGAGGGAGAUCGAGAGAGAGAGAGAGAGAUAGUGCAGUGAUGAUUAGAGCAUGAUUGGUCAUGAAUAAUGAUAAGUUGGUGCUGAUUGUGAGCGAUGAUUGGUCGCUUACAUGAGACACGAUGCAGACAGCGCGGGCAUGGUGCGAGAGAGAGAGAGAGAGAUGUGUGCAUGAGGGUACCGGGUCGGUGACGGGUCAUAAAAAUAAACAUGAUUCAGUAAUAUUCUUUGAAACCGCGCGCGGUGUCUAGAUAUUUACAAACUGAACAAGAAAUAACAACCAAGUGAUAAGCAGUAGUAUUCAGCUUAGAUUUCAGCUGGAUAUUUAAAAAAUGAACAAGAAAUGACAACCAAGUGAUAAGCAGUAGUAUCUGGCUUAGAUUUCAGCUGGAUAUUUACAAACUGAACAAGAAAUGACAACCAGUGAUAAGUAGUAGAAUUCAGCUGUCAGGGGCGGUUUAAUAUUUACAAACAGAGCAGCAAUAACAUCGCACCGCACCGAUGAGUGAUUGAGUGCAAUGAAUGACCUAGAAACUUGAUACCUGGCGUGUGCUGGGUGCGUGAUAUACUACUAUUCUUUUUUAAUCAGCGGCGACCCUGGCAAAAGUGAAUAAUUUUCGUUUAACCGAAAACCGUCCGGUUUUGACUGGCGGUUAAACGGAAUUGGAGAUAUCCGUGAUGUUACAGCA